AUGAUUGACAAGUUGGCACAGUUGGCACCUGCCAAAAAGACGGACAAGAAUCAAGCAGUCUUUGAAUACCAAUCUAAAAGACUGAUCCAGUGUUUGAUUUCUGCUCGUAUUUUUGUUCUGAAAACACUCUGUGAAACAAAUCCCGAUCUCAAGCCUUUUACAUGUCGGACUAUCGUUCAACAACAAUCCAUCAACACUGCUGGAGAGUUUGAUUUUCCUCGGUCACUGUUUUCGUUUUUGACCAGAACUAUUAUCCAAGAUGACUUCAAGAAUAUAUGGUGCGGAACACAAAUGCGAAUCUGCAUUAUGGACUUGACAUACUCUGCUGCUGGACUCAAACCAGAUAAUAUGUUGAUAUUCACCGACUUCAACUACUUGAAAUCGUCUGAUAUUUUCAAACUACUAUCGAUGUGUCAAAGAAUAUUGACCUUCAAAAAGUUUCACAGUCUCUUCAAGGUCGUCCAAGACUUUUUGUUUCAUUUUAACAAAUUGAUUGAUUCGACUGACAUCAAUGAUUGUUAUCGUGGUUAUAUAAAAGAAAUGAUGACAAAAUCUGGCAUGUAUUCGCCCCAUUCAUCAUUUUACUGUUUCUGGAAGGACCGAAUUGACCGAGUUAUCGAAUCCAUUGAAAAGGCUAACUCUUGUCCCGUUAAAAUCAAAUCGGUAUCGGAGAUACUUGUCAAAUUGUGUAUUUCGUUUUUGUUUGGUGAUGGCUCGAGUAUGUCGUAUUCGCCAGAGCUUGAUUUGGUUCAAACAGGUCUUGUAAUGGUUUCAAAAGUGAUUGACGGAUGGCACGCUAGAAUGACAGAACCCAUUGUUCUUACUGCAGGAUUAAACUAUUUUGCAGACAAAAAGACUUCAGUAUUAAUGGACUACUUUGCCAAUCAGCUGUUUUCACCUGUAAAAGCACCAAACUUGUCACGUUCGGAAAGGGGACAUAUGAUGGAGUAUGUAAUUGCUCUCCGAUUCAUACAAGGCUGGUGGUUACAACCUGAGCUGAGAAAAUAUCUACCUCGAUGGGCUAUAGAUUUGAAUAUCAAAAAACCUACUGGGAUGGUUGAUUGUCGCACCAAUGAAUCGAAUGUCAAUAGGUUUGUACAACAACUUCGUAGAACCAACUUUCCGCAUAUUGUUUUUCCACCGGCCAAUGCUGGACCUGAUUUGCGAUACUCAGUUUUCAGCUGCAAUAUCAAAACGACAUCAACGCGAAGCUCCGAUUCAGCAAUCGCCAUCAAUGAAAUCUGGUUUCAAAAGUGGUGA